CGAAAUAGACGGGUUCAUUGCGCUACUUGCAAAAUUUGAUACCCGUUUUUACUUCUGUCCCUGCAAAACUUUUCUUCCAUAUUACGAAAUAGCAUCUUUUCGUGGAUUAUAUUCAAGUUCAGCUGAACCUUAGUACCCGAUACUCGAUAGCCCGAAACAUUUCUGGUCGCAGCGAGUGCCACUACGGUUUCUAGACUGCCUUCCACACUCGCCACCAUUCUGCACGAAGAAUUCGAAGCCAUGGAUUUGGAUUCGGUCGGAGCAAACACGGCUGCUGGCCACAAGCGCCGUGCAGAUUCCCUGACAAACACAAGCGGAAAUUUAAAUGCGGGAUUAAAUGAAGAAAUGUCCGUAUCGGUUAAGAAAUUCCGCAGUUCAUCGCGCGAAGAAAUUUUAACAGUCCGUUCUUCCAUUGAUCAACUCCGACGCAAUUUUCCCUUGGAUCGCUUUAAUUAUCAUUUCCCUCCUGUGAUAUUCAGACACCAACUGUACAGCAUGUUGCCACGUAAAUCUCGAACUGAAAUUGAUCGCGAAGUGAAUGUUCUCCGUCAGCGCAAUGAAAUCAGAUUUAUCAAAUUCGAUCUCCGCGGCGAUGAAAUAGCAUUAAUAAAAACCGAGGAUUACCGGGAGCAUGUUCGGGGCUACUCUCGGGAUCGCUUGCAGAAUCCUUUGCUUAUUGAAAGAUUUCUCGACAUGAUCGAAAAUUUUGAAGUUUCGAUCACUACGGCAGAUCUGAACAAGGAGAGGAUGUUUUCAGACGAAAACAUUCAAAGUUUAGUCAAAGUCGGCGUUUUGAUUCUUCGUGACGUUAAAAGUUGGUGGGUGUCGUUUCCCGGCGCGGGCCAAUUCAUCAAAACGUUCCACAGUGGACGUGAAAAGGUCCUUACCAUGAUCAGGAAGUCGAAAUACUCCAGCAUUUUGGAAACUGAACUAAUACACCGAGGACUUCCUAAGCGCUGCAUCGGGAUGCAUUAUGCCAUCCAUGACAUUAUCGGCGGUGACCUUGUUGAAAGUGCAAACACAUCAUCUGGUCGCAUCUUGCGCUAUCGCUGAGACUGGGCUGCUUUGCUCACCGAUGACUCAAAGAAAUCUAGUUUAUAUGCUCAUUUCCAUACCAUGGACCAUCGGGAUCUCUUAAGCUUGAGUUUUUGCAUGCUAAUGUUUGGUUGAAACUCGUUUUGUGGCGUUCUGUUUAAUAUUUUUUUUUAUUUCAAGUUUUCGAGAUUUUCAUUUAAUGGUUCGCAGUACAGUACUGUAAUUCAGGCUCGAAUGAUCCGUUGCUGCUGGAAUACGAGUGAGAUUCUUAGUUUUGCUCACUUAAACUGCAAUGUUUUCCGUGUGUACAAUACAGCCCGUUACGUAAGUAGAGAAUUAAAACUCUGUGGAAAAAUAGCGUG